AAGCAUUUGCGGAAAAGUCAAACGAGCUUUAGUUUAUUAUUAUUAUUGCGUCAGAGCGAAAAGUUUUCAGCCACUCUGUGGUGGAGGUGGUCGGCAUGGGUGGGUCGGUGGGUGGCUUCUUGGGCGCUGCGUUCUUGGAUGGAUGGAAAAUUUUCAAUCGCAAUCUUAUGGUUUAUUUCUUUUGCGCCAAAGCUACUUUAUUUUGACAGCAGACAAACAAAUGUCACAAUUGAAAUUAAAAGGAAAAGGCAGAAGGCAGUAGCAGUAGCAGUAGCCAGCAGUCAGUGGAAAACUUGUGAAAAACACACUCGACUUGAAGAAGUAGACGAAGGUUUUCUAAGGGCGACGGCGGCCGCAGAAACACCAUUCAACGCAAUUCCCAAUCAGAAACUCCGGAUCCGGCCACUACUCCGGCCCCAGCACCGACUCCGGCACAAUUCCAUCACCGCCGCCGCCGACCCACACGCAUUGCUUGGCUGACUUUCUUCUGCAUUUUCCCGCCUUCGACUUUUCCUUGGGUUUUGGGUUGGUUUUCCUGGUGUUUUCAUUUUGUAUGUGUGUGCGAGUUUGGUCUUUUUUUUACUUAUUCCUUUAGCUGUUUGUACAUUUCACACAGCGUGAAAUUUUCUAAAUGUCAUUUUGCUGUCAUCUCGUGGAUAAUAAGAUUACAACUACGCUGAAAUAAUAGGAUUCAAAUGAAAAAACUUUGCCGUCGUCUGUCUCCUUUUGCGCUUCUCAACUUUCAAUAAGCGCGGAGGUGUAGUCCAAGAAAUACGUAUAUCUCUGAAUCAGAGAACCCACUGAAUCCGAGGUGGGGCGUUGUCAUUUGGACUUGGAUUUGGCUUUGGCUUUGGAUGUGGAUGUGGAUGUGGCUGUGGCCAGUUGGAAUGGGGCGCAGUGGAAAGUUUCUACUGUUGAUGGAGUACCGCGAUAAUGAGUGGAGCAAGAGCAACCUCAACCACAACUUCAACUCCAUCUGGACUCUCCCCCAAUGCCUCCUCCUCCUAUUCGAAAUGCGAAAUCCAUCUGCGAUUGUAACUUGAGCGACCUAUGAUCUGGAGACCACUUGAGGCGUCGCUGUCUGUACCAUGUCUAUGUUCUAUUUGUAUAAUUGAUUCGAUUCUCCUGGUACCGCAGGGAACGGAGGAGGCGGUUUAAUGAACCAUGCUUUCAUAGUGGCCAUUACUUCAGACUGUCUGCGUGGCCGCGGGCCACAAAUAGACGAAAGUACUAUAAGCCAAGAUACCAAAGAGACUAUAAAAACUAUAUACGUAUAUAUGUACAAGUCUAUAGGUAAACCUAGACCAAAGAAAAUAGGGAAGAAACAAACAAACCAAAACGAAAAACAAAACUCAAAACAAAACAAAAACCCAUCAGCUGGCUAAGAUGGAUCACUGCCCGGGGCCAUUAAAAAGCACACAAACCGGCUUCCACUGCCUACAACUUUUGGGUAUAAAAGCCAUGAUUUCCGAUCAAGCCGGCAUCAGAACUUCCAGCAACGUUCUAGCAAGUCAUUCGAAAAAAUGAACUCCUACAUUGUGAUCGCUUUGAGUGCUCUGUUCGUGGCUCUGGCUGUGGCUUCGCCCGUUGAGCUUAACGAGGACCAAAAGGCUCUGGCCAAGCAGCAUGGUGAGCAGUGCGCUGCCGAGCUGAAACUGACCGAGGAGGAGGUGGCCAAGGUCAAGGCCAAGGACUUCAAGAACCCCACUGAGAACAUCAAGUGCUUCGCCAACUGCUUCUUCGAGAAGGUCGGCACUCUGAAGGACGGUGAACUGCAGGAGGAUGUUGUCCUGGAGAAGCUGGGCGCCUUCAUCGGCGAGGAGAAGACCAAGGAGGCUCUGGCCAAGUGCAGGUCCAUCAAGGGCGAGAACAAAUGCGAAACAGCCGUCAAGUUGCACACAUGCUUCGAGGAAUUCAAGCCCGUCAAGGCCUAAAGUUAUCCCGAUGGAUGGUGUUUGGCAAAUUGUGAUUCUUAACUAAAACUUUAAAAUUAAUGACGAUUUGAUUGCGAUAUUAGAAUACAUACUUUGUCAGAUAAA